CCCGGCGCGCAGGCGCGGGGAGAGAGGCCGCGUGGGGUGCAAGGGGAGGCGGCGCUUGGCCGGUGGGGCCCGCGGCGGGAUAUUCCCGGGCGGCAAGAGCGGGUUUGCCCUCUGGGGAUCCCAUGGCUUUCUUUCCUGGGCUGUGGGGUCCUUUCACCCACGUGAGCAGAGCACUCAGCCAGCGCUGUUUAAGCACCAGCGGGACCCUCAGAGCAAUUCAGAAGAUGACGCGGGUGCGUGUGGUGGACAACAGUGCCCUGGGCAACACCCCAUACCACCGCCCUCCUCGUUGCAUCCACGUCUAUAACAAGAGUGGGGUGGGCAAGGUGGGUGACCGGAUACUGCUGGCCAUCAAGGGACAGAAGAAAAAGGCGCUCAUUGUGGGCCAUCGCAUGCCCGGUCCUCGCAUGACCCCUAGGUUUGACUCCAAUAACGUGGUCCUCAUUGAGGACAAUGGGAACCCUGUGGGGACCCGAAUUAAGACACCCAUCCCUACCAGCCUGCGCCAGAGGGAAGGCGAGUUUUCCAAGGUGCUGGCCAUUGCUCAGAACUUUGUGUGAGCAGAGCCCGGCCGCCAGCCGCAGUGGGGCUCAUGAAUGGAGCAGUUCCCAAAACUGCGCCUUUGUUGAUGGGGGGCUUGGGGUCCAGGGGCUGGGGAACAGUGUCCUGUGAGAAAUAAACAUUUUCACCUGUUUUCUUCCUGAGCUUCCUGGAAUGU